AUGUUCUCGGGGGGGGGGGGGCGAUUUUCCACGGCUUUACCUCUGUCAACAACUGACUACACCUCAAGCAACGCCCAGCUCGGCACGGUACGACACCGGCACCGCGGUGCCCGCCGCACCGGCUACUGCCGCUACUUCACCAGCACGGGUCGCAGCGUCGCCCACCGGGACGAUGAGCCCUGUGGGACACCCCCACCCCCCAACGGCCCGCCCGUACCUACCCGCCGCCUCCCGGCACCGCCGCGGAUCCCAGCUGCCUACAGAGACAAUGAGCCGCUUUCAGACGUGGCCGAGGCGCCGGAGCGGCGGGAGGAGCCCGGGAAGGAGCCGAUCCGCCCCGCACCCGGCGCAUCCCUGGGCAAAGGGCGGCGGCGGCCGGGGCCCUGGGCCGCGCUGCAGCCCAGCAGCCGAUGCCCGCGUGUUCCCGCAGAGCCCCAGCGGACGGAGGAGCCCGCGCAGAGCACGGGUCUUUUCGAGGCAGCUAAUCGGGAGUUCGAAAGCACGGAGUCAGGAAGUGACACUUCGGACAUUUCAGAAGAACUUUCUACACAAGAUGGAGAGAGAAGGCCACCAGGAGAAACAGCAUCUGGUUUGAAAACUGGACCGGAGGACUCUGCUCUCCCUGACACUCAAUUACAAAGGGAAGAACGACCAACAAGCACUUGCUCUUCUUCCAGCGCGGUGGGAGAGGUAGUAAAAACUAUGCAGUACUUCAUGGAGAAGUUCGGCAUGGACCUGUUCACUGUUACACAGGCCUUUCUGAAAAACACUGGGGAAGUAGAGGCUACUUUAUACUUUCUGCAGACAGGGCAGCGCUUGGAUGGGUACCCUGUAUGGAGCAGAGAGGAUGAUCUGGAAUUGCAAAAAGAUGAUGAACGUGUCAGAAAUAAAUUGAUAGCAAAAUUUGGAGCUGAAAAUGUAGCAAAGCGUGUAGCAUUUAGGAAAAGUUAGACAGCCAAGCAGAGGGGAAUGGCUAAUUUAGGACUGUGGCAGGAACUUAAAAAA